AUGACGCCAAACCCAGUCCUACUAGGCGUCUACCCUGAUCCAAGCCAAGAGCUUCAACCUCCUUCCCCUUCACGCUCUUUGCACUCUGCACACUCCUCACACUCUGACACACCCUUCAUCGACACCGAGAAAUACCAAAAGCCUGUCUCCUUGAACUUCCGUCAGCGCCUCCGCCAUUUCACCUGGGCAUGGUACACUCUCACCAUGAGCGCAGGAGGACUAGCCCUACUCAUAGCCAACCAGCCCAACCAAUUCCAAGGCUGCUAUCAAAUCGGACUAGCCAUCUACCUCAUCAAUCUUGUCCUAUUCUCCCUCGUCUGCUCUCUCAUGGCAUCCCGCUUCAUCAUCCACGGCGGUUUCCUCAGCUCCCUUCGCCACGAGCGCGAAGGCCUCUUCUUCCCAACCUUCUGGCUCUCCGUCGCAACAAUAAUAACCGGUCUAGAAAAAUACUUCGGUGACCAACCCACCAAAUCAUUCACCACCACCCUGGAAGUCCUCUUCUGGAUCUAUUGCGCCUGCACAUUCUCCCUCGCCGUCCUCCAAUACUCCUUCCUCUUCUCCUCCCACACCUACCGCUUACAGACAAUGAUGCCCUCAUGGGUCCUCCCCGCCUUCCCCAUCAUGCUGAGCGGCACAAUCGCCUCCGUCAUUGCUCACAGCCAGCCCGAACGCUCCGCCAUCGCCAUCGUCACAGCCGGAAUGACCUUCCAAGGCCUCGGCUUCUGCAUCUCCUUCAUGAUGUACGCACACUACAUCGGCCGAUUGAUGGAAUCAGGUCUGCCAUGCCGCGAACACAGACCGGGAAUGUUCAUCUGUGUCGGUCCGCCUGCCUUCACAGCGCUCGCCCUCGUCGGCAUGGCCCAGGGUCUGCCUGACACAUUCCGCGUCUUGAACAGUACCGACAGCGCAGCUGACGGCCGUAUGGUGGAGAUCCUGGCGCUGGCUGCUGGUGCUUUUCUGUGGGCUCUGAGCUUCUGGUUCUUCUGCAUUGCUGCUAUUGCUGUCAUCCGGGCGCCACCCAAGGCGUUCCAUCUUGGCUGGUGGGCCAUGGUCUUCCCCAACACUGGCUUUACCAUUGCUACUAUUACCCUUGGCAAUGCCUUCCAUAGCCAGGCGAUCCGGGGUGUUGGCUCGGCUAUGUCCAUCUGCAUUGUCUGCAUGUUCCUGUUUGUCUUUGUCUGUCAUAUUCGCGCUGUCAUCAACCAGGAAAUUAUGUACCCUGGCAAGGACGAGGAUGUCUCUGAUUGA